AUGGAUGGUGUUUCUGUGAGGGACUUUAUAGGCUCGACGUUGAGAAUAACCAUCGACAACGGUGCUCCUUUGAUCAAUGUUGACGCUAGCGACAGUACUGAAAUCGACGAGUUGGUCAACUGCCUGAGAGUGGUUGAAGGAACUUUGAUAGCUAUUGAUAACGAUCCCAAUAUCCUUUUAGACGAGGUAGUGGAGCACAUUUGCAACGAGAGCACCAACCAGAAGACGACAAGAAGCUUGGGGUUGGUGUCAAUUCCAUACCAGUCGAUAGCCAGAAUCGAGUUGUCUAAGAGAGAGUAUGAGUUGAUCAAGAAUUCUCAGCGAAGAACAACAUUGUUUGCAGGUUUGGUUGGUAAGAAGUGA